AUGUUGCAUUUUACACACAUCAGUGUUCACCAUAGGUUAUCCACGCCCUACCAUCCUCAAACAAGUGGGCAAGUGGAGGUCACGAACCAGGGGUUAAAGAGAGUCCUUGAGCGGUCAGUUGGUCAAAACUGCAAGGAUUGGUUAGAGAAGUUAGAUGAGGCGCUAUGGGCUUUUCGGACAGCCUACAAAACGCCUAUUGGGACUACUCCAUUUAGGCUAGUUUAUGGAAAAGCAUGCCAUCUACCAGUUGAGUUGGAGCAUAAGGCAAUGUGGGCUCUAAAGACUGCUAAUUUGGAUCUUAAAAGCGGAGGUGAAGCCCGGUUCUUGCAGAUUCAUGAACUUGAAGAGUUGCGAUAUCAUGGCUAUGAGAGUUCCGUGUUAUACAAGGAACAGACCAAGAAGUUACAUGACAAGCGCUUAAAGGACCACAAAUAA